AUGAAUAACUACGACGACGACCUUUUUGAUGACGAAAAGGUGCCUCUGAGCCCUUAUUCAAGACAGCAUUAUCCAUCACACUCUAGAGUGGCUUCUAGUUCUAGAACCUUUUCCAGUGGAGGUGGUGACGAUGAAGAUGAGUUUUACGAGAAGUUGGGAGGAAGCUUGUACGGAGAAUCCAACGCAUCCACAGUGAAACAGCCUGGUGUUCGUUUCACAGAAUCAGUUGUUGGAAGAAACUCCCUCGUUGGCUCAACUCACCAGUUGAAGAGCUCAGUUGCUUCGCCUCUCAUGGCUCCCAGAGAAUCGUACAGAAUGAUGCAAUAUCCCUCGUUCGAGUACAAUGGUCCCGAGUAUCCUCAGAGCACUUACAAUCGCUAUAGUCUCAUGAACGUCGACGAAAUGGCAAGCAUGCCUAACAGAAUGAGCGUGGGUUACCAGCAAAUGGGUGUACCUAUCCAACCAGACGACUACAAUCUAAAUUUGCUCGAAGAAGCUGCCGAUGAUAUGGACCCCUUUGGAGAUGAUGACUCGUUGUUUUCCGAAGCGGACCCUGACGAAUUGCGCAGGGGUAUGACUUUGAGGAGAACCCCAACUCAAGCAAGACCUAACACUGAGGAUGAGGAUUUCACUCCCCGUCUUAACUACACGAAAACAGUGAAGCGUGCUCGUUUGGUUGACGGAAAUUUUGUCAUUGACGCUCCGGUACCAAAGCUGUUGCUUAACACAUACACUCGCUCCGCUUUUGGCGACAGUAAUGAAACAUCGUUUGUUAGGUACUCAGGUGUCACUUGCGGUCCAUCUAAUUUCUGUGAGUACAAAUACAAUCUUCGUCAGACGUUAUACUCACCACCAAGAGAAACGGAGAUCAUGGUUUGCAUCACAAUGUACAACGAAGACGAAAUCUUGCUUGCUCGUACAUUGAAAGGUGUUUUUGAUAACAUCAAGAACUUGACGAAAAGAAAAGAUCCUAACUGGGGUGAUGGCUCAUGGAAGAAGGUCGUAGUUGUGAUUGUUAAUGAUGGUCGUUUACAACUUCACGAAAGAACUCAGAAACUCCUUACAGCUCUUGGUGUAUUUCAGGAAGGUUACGCCAAGUCGAAGGUCAAUGAAAGCCCCGUUAAGGCUCAUCUUUAUGAAUACACAUCUACAGUUGGCAUUGAAAGAGUCACUAACGACCGAGUAUACUUGAAUCAGAAUACCACACCUGUUCAGCUCGUGUUUUGCUUAAAGGAGAAGAACGCACGGAAAAUUAAUUCUCACCGUUGGUGUUUUCAGUCAUUCGCUCCAUUAUUGAACCCUAAGGUUGUAAUGCUUCUUGAUUGUGGUACCACACCAUCGAAGGAUGCAUUUUACCAUUUAUGGGCUGCUUUUAAGGAUCCAAACGUGGCAGGUGCUUGUGGUGAAAUGAGAGUGGCCUUGGGUCAGAACAAAAGACUUUUGCUGAACCCAUUGGUAGCUGCACAAAAUUUUGAGUACAAGAUUUCAAACGUUUUGGACAAACCUAUGGAAGCUGUUUUUGGGUUUAUUUCUGUGCUUCCAGGUGCAUUCUCAGCUUAUAGAUGGGAAGCUUUACUUAAUGUAGAUGGUCAGGGACCUCUUGAAAAGUAUUUUAAGGGUGAAUUUUUGCAUCAAAACAAGGAAAUGGACGAGGACGAUGAUGAGUUUGAAUUGAUGGAGAAGAAUUUUCAGGAAUCGGGUAUUUUUACUUCCAACAUGUACUUGGCAGAAGACAGAAUUUUGUGUUUUGAACUUGUGGCUAAAAGAAACCACAAUUACGUCUUGCGUUACGUCAGCAGCGCUAAGGCAGAGACAGACGUCCCAGAAAAGAUGGACGACUUUGUUUUACAGCGUCGUCGUUGGCUUAACGGUUCGUUGUUUGCAGCGGUAUACUCCAUUGUUCACUGGACACAGAUUUGGAAAUCGAAUCAUGGUCUUUUCAGGAAACUUUGGCUCCAGCUCGAAUUCUACUAUCAUUUGGUGACAGUUCUUGUGUCGUGGUUUUCAUUGGCUUGUUUCUUCUUGGUGUUCCGUAUAUUGACGAAGAACUUGGGGUCUCCGGAAGUGGGAUUCUCGUUUGGUCUGACUCUUUCCACAAUCUUCUUAUGGAUCUACGUCGCAUGUCUUGUGUGUACAUUUGUCUUGGCUUUUGGUAACACACCAAGAGGUACAAAGCGGUUUUAUACAGUGAUUGCGCUGGUCUUUGCAGUCCUCAUGGCCUAUUUGACGUUUGCAGCCAUCUACUUAGCCAUCAACACGGUCAAGUUGGUCAUCAAAAACGCAGACGGGCAUUUUCACGCAGGCAUGUUAUUCACGAACCAAAAGUUCAGAGAUCUUGUUGUGUCGGUGCUCAGUACCUAUCUUCUUUAUGCAAUUGGAGCUGUAAUUCAUGGUGAGCCAUCGUUCAUGAUCACGUCUUUCUUACAAUACCUUUUGAUCUCGCCCACUUACAUCAACGUGUUGAACACAUACUCCUUCUGUAACAUUCACGAUGUUUCAUGGGGUAACAGAGAUUCUCCGCAAGCCAAGGACUUGGGUACGGCCAAGAUCACCGAGGACAAGAACGGAGAGUUGAUUAUGACGGUGGUACCAGCGUCUGACCAGGGUCUCGAGGAGAGCUACAUGAACACCAUUGACGAUUUGAAAGUACCACCCUCGCCUAAGGAGAUCGUGAUCUCGAAGAAGCAGAAGGAGGAUUCAUAUUAUGCAUUGUUGCGUACAAUUACCGUGUUGGUAUGGAUGUUGACCAACGCCAUAUUGGUUGCCAUUGUGUUGGCAGCCGUUGGGCCCAAGGACAACACAUGGAGUGAUUACAGGAACUCCACGAUCUUUUUGACGGUGAUUUUGUGGAUUGUGUGCGCGUUGGCAGGCUUCAGACUUGUGGGCAGUGUGAUCUACUUGUUAUUGAAGGCCAUGAGGCCAUUGAAGUGGUGGGCGAGAAAGAGGAAGAGCGUUUAA